CACGCACGGCCCACCGGCGGGCGGGGGAGGAACGGCGAGGUCGGCGGCGCCCCGCCCAGUCAGCAAGGUUGCGCGUGCCCCAGGGCGGCCGCCGAGAUGGUGGUGGGCGCGUUCCCCAUGGCGAAGCUGUUCUACUUGGGCAUCCGGCAGGUUAGCAAGCCGCUGGCCAACCGCAUCAAGGAUGCCGCCCGCCGCAGCGAGUUCUUCAAGACCUACAUCUGCCUGCCGCCAGCCCAGCUGUACCACUGGGUGGAGAUGCGGACGAAGAUGCGCAUCAUGGGCUUCCGGGGCACUACCAUCAAGCCGCUGAAUGAGGAGGCAGCAGCAGAGCUGGGUGCUGAGCUGCUGGGUGAGGCCACCAUCUUCAUUGUGGGCGGAGGCUGCCUGGUCCUGGAGUACUGGCGCCACCAGACUCAGCAGCGCAAUAAGGAGGAGGAACAGCGGGCAGCCUGGAACGCGCUGCAGGAUGAGGUGGGCCGCCUGGCACUGGCCUUAGAGGCGCUGCAGGCGCAGGCACAAGCGAUGCCCUCCUUGAGUGCCCUGGAGGAGCUGCGGGAGGAGCUGCAGGAGGUGCGUGGUCAGGUCUGCAAUGCUCACUGUACUUCCAAGUGCCAGGCAGCAUCUUCCAAGAAAUAGCCAGCUGCUGGGGCCUGGACUUGUCUGUGACCAUGUGGCCCCCAACAGGGCCUGCUCCUCACACCUCCUGGCCUGGGCUGCCCUGGCCUAGCAGAAACCACGAGGACCUUGAUGUAGCUGUGACGUGUGGUCACCCCUUACCGACAGGAUCUGGGCAUUUCCCCAGGGAGCACUCAGCGGAAGCCUUCAGAGUCCACCCAGCCUCUGGGUCAAAGCCCUCAGCCCCUCAUUGGACUUCCAGGGUCUCAGACAACCUGUCUCUCCACUGCCCUGGCAAAGGCAAAAGAUGGAACCAGGCUCAAGUCUGAUCAGGACAUAGACAAGGUCACCUGCCCAUCAUUGGAGCGCCUCCUUCCUUUGGUGAACAUAGGCCACCAUGAGCCUUGCCUCAGGUUAAUGUAGCUCCCAUGGAGGCAGCAGAGUGCAAUUGAUGCUCCCAUUCUCUCUCCUCACUCUCCCUCUGAGGUCCCAAGGGGAUCACGCCUGUAUAGGUCCCCUUACCCCUCAGCAUGUGGCAUUACCCCUUUUCCUCCCUAGGCACAGACUGAUCCUAGCUGGUUCGAAUCUGACCUGUCUCCGUCGCAGCCCCCUUCCCUGUCCUGAGAGUCCCUGGACCUUGUUUCAGGUGACACAUAGUUCCUCUUGUCCUUCAGUGGCAUUUUUCAGUUGGGUGGGUGAGAUGUCACCUGUCUGACCCUCCAUACUCCUAGGUCUGGGUUCCUCCACCCUUUCUGUUGGUCCCACCUUGCUUGCUCACUCCCCCAAGAGAUGACAUAUUGCUGGGAAUGUGAUGGAGGGCACAGAGUAACCUGUUCUCCCACCGUUCUGGAAGCCAACAGCAGAGGUCAGGGUGCUUGGGCCCCAUUUUCUUCUGGCUUCAGGGGCCCCAGAUCUCCUGGACACUGUGUCCUGUCUUCAUGUGGCUUUCUCUUACCCCAUCUGUCUCUUGCCCUGAAUACAAGACCCACCCUAAAUCUAGGAUGACCACAUUGAAAGAGCCUUUGUUACAUCUCUAAAGACCCGUUUUCUAAAUGGGGACACAGACCCCAGGAUUAGGAUAUGGGGUUUUCUUUUGAAGGCCCUCUAUUCAGUUUGCUGCCUUCUGCCAUUCUAAGAAGAUGCAAGACCCCUGCUAUGCUCUUCGGCUCUUUGGCAGCCUACUCAUUGCUUCUGGGGUUGGGCUAACCACUAUAGCUCUAGAAGGAUUGUGGGUGCAGCAGUCACUGUCAUGGCUGUCCAGUUCCUGAUGGAGCUGCAGAAUAAGGAGGUCUCCUAAGGAUAUAUGAGGGGCAUAAUAAAUAUGGACCUUCAAACUGGGCCAGUGAUCAUUAACAAUAGAGAAAGCUGUGCUUGGUGGCACACACCUGAAAUUCCAGCACUCAGAGCCUGAGGCAGCAAUGAGCCUGAGUCCCAUUGUGAGUUCCUGGACAGCCUGCUGAACUACAGGGAGAGACCCUGACUUUAAAAAAAAAAAAAAAAAA